AUGAAGAGCGUAUAUUUGUUUGCCUCCUCAUUAUUAACAACAUUACUGUUAUCAAAUGCAAAUGUUUUAUUAGAUUUUAAUACAAGGAUAAUAAUAUCCUUGGUUAUGUCCCUAUUUAAUCUUAUUACAUUAUAUUAUGUGAUGCAGAAAUAUGCUAAGACACCUAAAAUUAGUAUAUUAACAAAAAUUUUAAACUAUUUAAUUCUCAUAUAUUAUGUCAUAAUUAUGUUCCUUCACUUUUUCUCGACUAGCGAAGUUCGAACUAUUCUGCGUUUCCUGAACAAGAAUAUAGAAUUUCAUGCAGUCGAAAAGUCGUACAUGGAAAAUUGUAAUAACUUAGCGAAUAUAUCAGAUAAAAUCGAUUGGUUUGUUUGUGCUCACUUAUGGGGAUGGUUUGCCAAAGGUAUGAUCAUCCGAAAUUUUUUUCUUUUGAAUAUAAACAGUGUCAUAUUUGAAUUGAUAGAAUUAAGAUUCCAGCAUAUACUUCCCAACUUUUAUGAAUGUUGGUGGGAUCACAUAUUCCUUGAUGUGUUGAGCUGUAACCUGAUUGGUAUAGUAGCCAGUAUUCUUUUUAUGAAGUAUUUUAACAUCGAACUUUAUGAUUGGAAAAUCCCAGAUAAAAUAAAGCCAAACAAAAAGAAUAUCAUAUUUCCUACUAUUGAUAAAUUAUGUAGAAAAGUAUUUACAAAUAGUAGUACCCUAUUAAUACUAAUAUUCUUAUCAUUUAUUACAAAUAUUAUAGAUUUAAAUGUAUUUUUUUUAAAAGCUGAGAUUCAGUUACAUCAUGUAAAUUUAAUAGUUAUAGCUAGAACAUUUGCCAUAGGUUUUAUUUCUGGCAAGGCAUGUAAGGAAUUUUAUCGCUUUCUUAAGGAAGGAAUGACUCCUAAAAGAGCCUUUUAUAUAUUUCUCGAAAUUAUUAUACUUUCAUUGGAGUUCCUUUUAGCCAUUCGAUGGAAGGAUACUUUAAUUUCAGACAAAUCCGAUUUAACAGGAAUUAAUAUGGUCUGGUUAUUCAUCACAUCAACUUUGUCAUCAAUACUACUCCUUCUUUAUGUUAAUGAGAGUUUAAUAUAA